UCUUAUCUGAGCUGAGUGCAGUAGUCAGGAAUCAGUAAGUGACAGGCUGUGACUGAGGGGCUCACAUAAAAGCUUUGGCUGGGGGGAGUCUCGCUCUGUUGCUCUCUGUGUUUGGAACAUCUCUCUCUCUCUCUCUCUCUCUCUGUGCUGCACCUCGGCUCAACUGACAGCCACCAGCCAUGGGUGACAUUUACAAGGCAGCGGUUGAGCAGCUCACUGAGGAACAGAAAAAUGAGUUUAGAGCAGCCUUCGACAUCUUUGUGCAGGAUGCGGAGGACGGCUGCAUCAGUACCAAGGAGCUGGGGAAGGUGAUGAGGAUGCUGGGGCAGAACCCUACCCCAGAGGAGCUGCAGGAGAUGAUCGACGAGGUGGAUGAAGAUGGCAAUGGCACAGUUGACUUUGAUGAGUUCUUGGUCAUGAUGGUGAUGUGUAUGAAAGAUGACAACAAAGGAAAAUCUGAAGAAGAAUUGGCAGAACUCUUCAGAAUGUUUGAUAAAAAUACAGACGGAUACAUUGACCUUGAUGAGCUGAAGUUCAUGUUGGAUACCACGGGAGAAACUAUUACUGAGGAUGAUAUAGAAGAACUGAUGAAAGAUGGCGACAAAAACAAUGAUGGAAAGAUUGAUUACGAUGAGUUCCUUGAGUUCAUGAAGGGAGUGGAAUAAACAUCAAGCAAAGGAGAAGAAAAUGUCUGUGAAGUAACGGGACUGAUCUAUGAUGCCAACGCUGUACCCACCCUUUGAACUGUGAUGAACUGUACUUUCUGAAACCAGCUAACCCUAUAUAUUAUUUCAAUACGAUAUUGUAAAUACUGUAUAGGAUACUUGUGUAUAGGUGUUAUUUGAAAUACCAGGAUAUAUCUUUUGGUAUUUACUGUAAUGCUGUAAUGAUGCAAUGUAUAUUGGUUUCAUAUAUAUAUAUAUAUAUAUAUAUAUAUAUAUAUAUAUAUAUAUAUAGGUGGCUAUUAAAUGAAUAUAUUUAAAGAUAACUAUCAAUGCCCACCUUUACAUAUAAUAAUACAAUACCUCUGUCAGUAAAAUGUAUGUAUUGAGUUAUACAGUUUUGUAUUGAUAAUUUCCUGAAGAUCAUAGAUUUUAAUUAAAUGCAAUUUGACUUCAUUACAACAACACUGCUGCUUUUUGCUAAAAGAAGAUUGAACAGUAAAAAUAUUGUUUUUGAUGGAUUAGAUCAAAUUUUGUUUUCAUUAAACUUUUUGAUUAAGAAGGCA